CAUUCAAACCUUCCCUCUCCACACGCCACCACCACCUUCUUUCCUCCCGUCCGUACCACCUGCGCUGGUGCACGCGACGCCAAAGCUCUCGGCGGCGCGCCAUGGGCACUCUCGUCGGGCACGUCGCGCCGGGCGCCGGCUUCCUCCUCAUCGGCCUGUGGCAGCUGUUCAGCCACAUCCGCCUCUUCUUGCUGCGGCCGAGCUCGUACUCGGCGCCGGUCUGGUUCCCUGUGCGGGGCGUCCGGCACCUCGAGCUCAUACUGAUCAUCGUCGGCACGGUGAUCUCCAUCCUUAUGGAGCUGGUCAUCGGCCCGGAGAAGCACCAGCCAUUCGACGACGACGGCACCAUCCCGUCCAACCACCUCCACAACUUCGAGCACGCGUCCAUCUCGCUCGCGCUGCUCGUCUUCGCCGCGGUCACCAUCCACCUCGACCGGGUGCGGGCGCCGAUGCGGGACGCGGUGUCGCAGCUGGUGGCCGCCGCGGCGUUCGCGCAGCAGCUGCUCAUCUUCCACCUCCACUCGGCGGACCACAUGGGCGUGGAGGGGCAGUUCCACUGGCUGCUGCAGACGGUCAUCGCCGUCACGCUCGCCACCACGCUCCUCGGCAUCCCCUACCCGCGGAGCUUCACGGUGAGCCUGGUCCGGUCGGCGAGCCUCGCGUUCCAGGGCGUCUGGUUCAUCGUCAUGGGGAUCAUGCUCUGGACGCCCGCGCUCAUCCCCAAGGGAUGCUUCCUCAACCGCGAGGAAGGCCACGACGUCGUCCGGUGCCGCACGGACGAGGCGCUCGACCGCGCCAAGUCGCUCGUGAACCUGCAGUUCAGCUGGUACCUCACCGGCACCGUGGUUUUCGUCGUCCUGUUCUACCUCCAUAUGGCUAAGCUCUACCCGGAGGAGCCGCAGUACCUGCCGCUGGUAAAGGGAGGAGGCGGCGGCGGCGGCGGCGAAAGCGACAGCCGGUUCAGCAUCGGAGAUGAUCACGACGAGGAGGACGACCUCGAGGCCGCCAAGCGUGGCUUCGGGCACGUGGUGAGCGGCACAAAGCCUGUCGAAAUCGAGAGGUGAAACCGUAGCACCGUAAGGUUGGGAAAUGUUCUUUCUGUGAUUACAGUGUGAUUUGGCUUCAGUUUUUGUGGUGGAAAAUGUACAAUUAUAUUCUUUAGGGAACCGUGAAAAUUAAGAAGCGGUUUACAGUUGA